AUGCUGUUGGAGCAAGACUUGGAGGCCAUCCGACUGAUCAUUGCAGAGUACAUUAAGGACCCGCUGGUGGAAGCAGAAGUGCCUUUGGAAAAUGAUAGUCAAGCCGUGGUCGCCUUUCUCAGGCGCUUGGGUGAUGAUAUUUUCACCCUGUCAGAGGGCUUCCGGCACCUUUCGGGCGCUGGUCUGGCGUUUAAGGAAGCGAUGGCAGUGUGCCGCCGGGACGGGCCGGACCGGAUUCGUGAGCUGCAGGGCCUGAUUCGUGCGGCUCAGCCGAAUGAAGAGCUGGCAAAGGCGGCCCUCGUGGCACUAAAGGCUGCGCGGGACUUGGACGAGGAGUUCGCCCCGCUGCACGGAGUGGCCAGAGACCUGCGGAACUUGACCGUCGCCUUUGCGGACAGCGCCAUCCCACGUCAGCGUGGCUUCUCCCUGGUGGGGUUUGUGGAAGUGCUGAACACCGUCAGCGCCCUCCUGGAGCGCCUGCCGCUACCCGAGGAAGGGCGGUGGGACCGCUUGACAGAAGAAGAGGCGGGCGUAGCUUACCAGGAUACUGCUCAAGUGUUGGACGCUGUCCAGGGCGCGAUUGCGGGCCUGAAUGUCUUGACACAGACCCAACCAGGGAUCGCCAUUCGCGCGGCUUGGGAAGCAGUUGCGAACAAGGCCGUGGAAGCUCUGUGGAACGACACGCUAGAUUUGAACGCCUACACCCUGGCUGUGGCCAAGUGGCGGGACGCCAUCGCCACCGUGCUUGCUUUGCUGGAGCAAGCGACCCAACUUUGGGAGGACCCUCGGCUGGUGCAUGCCCGUCUUGCUGCCUUGAAGGAGGAGACCUUCUCCAACUCCAUCCCCGCCCUGUCUCAGAUGUUCGGACCCAUAAACCCGCCUCUGUUCGCGGAGGCCGAAGUGGAGGCCGCCUCCGUUGGUUGCGGCCCCUGGUGGAGCUUCUGUCAAGUUGGACUCGCGGAGGAAAGGCCCUUCCACCAGAUGUCGCAGCUCGAGGUUCUGUUUGACCAGAUCCAGAGCAUCUUCCCGAGCAUGCUGGUCAUGCCGGAUCUGGAACCUGUUUUGUUUGAUGUCUCGGAGUUGCGGGUCAGGGUCAAGGGCUUGGCUGAGCCCAUUCGUCGUGCAGCUGCGGCGCGCAGUGUGCAAGACUUCCGGCAGGCGCUGAUGGCAGGGGCUGCGCCAGAUGCACUGCUCCAACUGCAGACGGUCUUCCAGGAGAUGGCAGAGCAGCCGUUGGUGGGGCUGACCCGAGCGGAGACGGAGCUGAUCCAGCACGCCGUGGAGCUGGGUGCUGCAACGUUGGAGCGCACACCUUUGGGCGAGGCGCUGGCUGGCCUCAGGCGGAUCUUGAAGCUGAACCGCCGAGCCUCCCUCCUGCAGACGCGCAUGGCCACCUUCCAACGCCAAGCCAAGGAGCGUGCGGGGCAUUGCCAGCACGUCUUGGUGGAGACUUCUUCGGUGGAGGAGUUGCUGAUGCACCCGGCUCCAAAGAUGACGGAGUUGCCGGUUUUGCAGAAGUACCGCAUGGCCGUGCAUUUCGUGAAUGGCCUCGGACAACUCUGCGGCGCCGAGGGGGCCAUGGAAUCGCCUAGUAAGGUGUCUGUGAUGCCUGGUGAGCUGGACGCACUGGACGCCUUGGACAUGGCAGUGACCUCGUUCUUGGAAGCCUUCGACCAGGCGCCGUCUUCAAGGCUGACAGAGGCCUUGAGGACCGUGGCGCAGUCUUUGAGGAGUCGACCCUCGGAGGCUGCGAAGUGGAGGAGCUUCGAGUCCAAGUUGUUGGAGAACAGCGAGGUGGCGCGACAGACCAGCCAGCAGGUCGCCUGCUUGUUCGCAGCUGAUCUUCGUGGGGUCACCGCCAAGUGCUGCAAAGCGCUGUGCGUGGCGGUCGCUUUGCACACCACCCGCCAUGUGGAGGCAGAUCCGAAGCACCUGAGGACAGGUCGGCUCCAGGAGUUGCGGGCUGAGGAGGCCGAGGCGGUGAAGAGCAUUGGGGAGGCUGCGGGGAAAGUGGAGAGCUUGGAAGCAGCUUUCAACCAGAAGAUAGAAGACAUCAAAGCUGCGAGCGCCCCAGAACUGGAGCAGAUUAGCGCCCGCAUCGCCAACCUCGAGCGGCAACUUGCGCCAACUGUGGAGGACAUUGCCAGGAAAUUUGCGGAGGCAGCUCGUGCCGAGAGCAAGCUGAGUGCGCUGCAAGAGACCGAGCAGCAGCACCUCGAUGACAUGCGACACGAGGUGGGUUCGGCCGUGGGCUUCCUCCGGGCUAAGCAGGGCCGCCUAGAAGGCUCAGCUUCUGCCACGCACGUGGCAGCCACCGCAGGUUCAGCGGUCUCGUUCGAGGCGGCCAUGGAUGCUGCCUCGGCGGAUAUGGACCUGGCUGAGAGGCAUGCUGCUGCUGCCGUCAAGAUCUACGAGGAGCUGAUGCACAGCAACCCCUUGAGCUUUGGGUCCGUGCAGGGCAAGGCGAGCUACUCUCCCGAGGACAUCAACUUCUUCCUCAGCGUGCACAUGGAUCUGCGCCUGAAUUUGGACCUCGGCAUUUUCGGACAUCUCGUGAUCGGACCGCUUGCAGUCUCGUUUGACAUCCCCGAGUUCUCGCUGCAGCACAUUCUGCACUUGGUGGAGGAAGCCUUCAAGCGCCUUUGGGCUGAUUUUAAGAAGGAACUGAAGGAGCUCAUCUAG